CUCAUUAAGAAAGGUUGUACGCGAGUCCAGGCCCAAGUCCUCUGACUUCAAUUUUUAGAGAUCGUCACUCAGUAUGAACGAGUGAUUAGUCACAGAAAUUACUCUUUGGAGACACGUUUUUCUCUUUCUUAUUGAUCAACGUGAGAACAUUUGCUGCCCGUAUGGCAUGCUUCUGGCAGUUGUUUAUGUGGAGGAACUUAUUUAAAUGUAGGAAUUAUACCGCAUUACGUUAAACUGACCCAACGUACUAAGGAAAGGAUAACAUUAAUGCUAUAAAUACUUGAAACUCACUACAAGUGCAACAUGUGUUAAUAUCUUUUCAUAACUUCAGACAGUGCGAAGUAACGUGUCUCUAAAAAUUAUGAUACGAACAGUACAAUAAGGAAACUUAUAAACCAAAGCACUAUAAUUUAUUUAAUGAAGAUAAAGUAGUAAUAAAGUGAGGGCCUGCAACAUGAUUGACAACACUACCCAAACAAUGAACAUCUCUGAGAGUUUCCGUCAGGAGCUCGGCUCCACGACGGGCAACACAGGGGAAAUGUAUUCCAUUCAGCUGCGUCAGGAACCUGAUUCCAAGACAGUAAAGAUAAGGCAAACGUACGCUCUUCGCCCAAAAACCAUCAUUAAGAGACUACAGCAAGAAAGAGCUAGAAAGGAAGAUCCCAAGAGACCCGUGAGAUUGAAACACAAGAAAGAGCCGCUGUCGAAGUACCGCAGGAAGACUGCUAACGCUAGAGAACGGCAUCGCAUGAAGCAAAUCAAUAACGCAUUCGAAUCCCUCCGCAAGAUAUUACCAGAUGCUAUGUCAGUGCACACAGCUUCUUCUUCUAUGACCAAGAUCACGACACUUCGCCUUGCCGUCAGUUACAUCAGAGCUCUGUCGGAUGCAUUACAAGUUGAUGGGUCAAACGUUUGCUGUCUGCAAGAUGAUGAUUUGUCUGACAUUUGCUGUCCGGAAAGCUCCCUUCAAUGCUCACUUCACGAUUCCCUUCAAGAAUCUCUGCAGCAUACAUUUCAGCUUCCGUUGCAGAAGACUGUUAUUCCAGAAGACAGUGUUAUGGCAUUCCAGUAUCAAGACCAUAUGACCUCCUUCACCCAGAUAUGUAGUGCUCAUCAAAUUCCGCAACUUCUGGACUAUUGCUCCACCUCCAGCUCAGCCUCAAGUUUGUCUUUAAAGGCUCGAGAGUCACCCAGUAACUUCAGCGACCUUACAGACCUUCUCUCCGAUGAUUCAAGAUCGCUAGAAGACAGUGUGCAUGUAUUCCCAUACAUCUCGACAUUAUCUGAUCCAUUUGAUUCCCUCCUGUGACCUAAGAUACUCCCUACCACCGAGUGUAAAGACAGUUCAUUUGGUAGAGCAUAUAGUUUUACAACGCAUUAACACUUCUCAUUUUAAGCAUAUAAAUGACAAUAAUUAAGUUUAUUUUCGUUUACGUCCUUUAAAGAUAACGUAUCUUCUCAGCCGUGAUGUUCUCUGCAAUGUUGUAUCAUGAAAGGUGCCGCUAUCUUAACUGCAGCUGCCAAUAAAUAUUUGUCAUUUGUGCAGAGUUUAGCACGAUCUGUCAGCUGUUACUGGAUAAGAGGCAGAUGUAGAAACAAGGACGGAGCUGACAUUGUGUGUGUGUGUGUGUAUGUGAACGACGCUAGUCCAUUGUGCCAUGUUGCUAAAGCAGUGUGAAUUUACCAAACACCUGUAUCAUAACAUGGUAGAAAAAACGCUGUUAACUAGAAAGCGAAUCAGUUUUAUUGAGAUAAUUCUCAUGUUCUUAUCUGGUGGCCUCCCACCAUGCCCCUUCAGGGCUUCACCCGCCUUGGUGCUCAUGAAGAGCUCAUGAACUACUCAUGAAGGGCUUAUGAGCGGAGUUAGUGCUACUCUCUCUCUCUCUCUCUCUCUUUACACUGAAUUUAACCUGAUUACCUCCCAUUCCCCAGGCACUGACUCAUACAGGGUUAGGUUAGGUAAGGUUUGUCAGGAAACAGGACAAGUGUUUCCUGACGCGGGUCUUAGUCAGAUGAUGACCCGCCGUUGGAGGUUUUGGUCAUCUGACCGAGGCCUCCCAGUCUACCCCUUUAAAAAUUAUCGUCAUAGUUAUAGCCAUGUCAUACAGGCUUAAUGAUUUUCCACGAAUAGAAUAAUAGUUUACAGCUGUUGCAGAUAAGCUGGUUCUGUGUUUUCGUUAACAGCAAUUUUUUCUAUCACAUAUUUUCACAUUUUGGCUGAAUUAUUAACAUAUAUCAUUGUAGAAAAAAAUGGUAAAUAUAAUGAAGAUGUUGCGCUGGCUGUUGAUAUAAUGAAGUGAAGCAGUGACUUAAAGCUGAAGAAAAAAAAUCACAGUACCCGAACCGCAGCAAGUUACAGUACCAUGGCUGCAACAUGAUACAAUACCAUACACAAAUAAC